AUGCCACUGUUAAUGGAAGCUGUCAAGGCAUUGGAAAAAGAGUUUCUUAUUGAUGAUGAGUUCCUUAGAAAAGGUACGGAUGCCUUCAACAAGUCUCUGGACAAUGGAUUGAAAGCUCCCAAAGUUGGAAGAGAGUUCAUGCCAAUGAUCCCUGCAUUUGUCACCAAAAUCCCUACUGGUAAGGAAAAGGGUGUAUAUUUGGCAGCUGAUUUGGGAGGAACCAAUUUUAGAGUUUGUUCUGUUGAUUUGCAUGGUGAUCAUACUUACAGUUUGAUCCAAUCCAAAAGUGCAGUCUCUGAAGACUUGCAAAGAGGAUCAGACGCCACUGGAGAACAGUUGUUUGCUUAUUUGGCCAAGAAGAUUGAUUUAUUUAUCCGUGAACAUCAUUGCACUAAUGAUGUAGUUGAUUCUUCCGACAAAUUCAAAAUGGGAUUCACCUUUUCAUUCCCCGUGGAGCAAACUUCUUUGGGAAGUGGUCUGUUGAUCAGAUGGACUAAAGGAUUCCAUUUAGAUGACGUGAUAGGGAAGGACGUAGUAGAGUUGUUGCAAGCUCAAUUGGAUAAAUUGGGUACCCCAGUCCAUGUUGUGGCUUUGGCAAAUGAUACAGUGGGUACUUUACUCUCUCGUGCUUAUUCCAAUAAAGACUCUGAACAUGUCAAGACCAUAGUUGGAUGUAUUUUCGGUACAGGAACCAAUGGUGCAUAUUUUGAAGCUUAUGAUAAAAUCCCAAAGUUGAAGGAAAACAUCGAUACCGGUUCAGGAAUGGUUAUUAAUACCGAAUGGGGCUCAUUCGAUAACCCAUUGACCUUUUUACCUAAAACAAAGUAUGAUGAUAUCGUUGAUAAUGAAACAUCAAAUAUUGGAUACCAUCUCUAUGAGAAAAGAAUUAGUGGUAUGUUUUUGGGUGAAUUGGUUAGAGUUAUUUUAAUUGACUUAUUUGAACAAGGAGUCUUGUUCAAGGAAUUGUAUGAAUCAAGAGGUGGCUCAUUACCUCAUCGAUUGACUGAACCAUGGGGACUUUCUUCAGAAAUCUUGUCUUAUAUUCACGUUGAUGAUUCCAAUGAUUUGAAGACUACUCAAGUUGCAUUAGACUUGAGCUUAAGAUUACCUACCACCUGUGCUGAAAGAGAAGCUAUUCAACAAGUAACUCGUAUUGUGGCUGACAGAGCAGCCAAGUUAUCUGCUAUCCCAAUUGCAGCUAUUGCCAAACGAGUUUCACCUCAAUAUCCAAAGAAUGUCGAAUUUGAAAUCGGAUGUGACGGUUCAGUAGUGGAAUUCUAUCCUGGUUUCAGAGAAAAGGUGACCCAAUAUGUUAACGAAUUGGACACUGAUGGUAGAACUGUCCGUUUGGUGAUUGCUAAAGAUGGUAGUGGUGUUGGAGCAGCAUUAUGCGCUUGUAUGGCUGAUUGA